AUGAACUCCAAGCAGCAUCCCUCAAUGUCAAUAAAAGUUCAGGAGAUCAAUGAGAACAUGCGGUCAGAAAGGUAGGUUUACUGAGCAGAUGAGUGAACAAAUUAGCAAUAUUGUGCACAAUUCAGUAGGGUUGGGUAUAGUGUAUAUUUCUCCCUCUUACCCCUGUUGGUCUUUCCCCAGUUGGUCUGUAUCUCAGACUCAGUCAGAACCUUGAUGAAGUCCUCCUUGAUACCAGUGACCUGAACCACACACUGAUACUUGUUGUUCUUCCAUUCCUCAGGCGUCACUGUGAGGGGGACGCUUUUCUGGAAGGUUCCAUCAUCGUUGUGGAGAGUCUCUCCAUUCUCCACAUCUUCAUGCUGAUCUUGUCCGUCUUUCUGCCAGAACACCAUGACUCCACUGGGGUAGAAACCUGUAGCGUGGCAGGUCACUGGAGAGGAGGGGGUCUUCUGGAGCAGAGACACUAAGGGAUGGACUGGAGAGAGAGAAGGGGGAAAGGAGGGAGUGUAGUGUAGUGUUGAGAGGGGGAAUAGACAGACGCACACAGAUAGAGAUGGGAGAGAAAAUGACAGAGAGGGUAGCAGUAGAGAGAAAAAGACAGAGAGGGUAGCAGUAGAGAGAAAAAGACAGAGAGGGUAGCAGUAGAGAGACAGUUAAAUGAUAAAGAAAAUACUAUUGUCAUUCAAAACAACAAUUUCAUGUCUCUUAAAAACAAUUGAUUUUGAAAUUAUUCCUGAUAAUGAAAUAUCACAUAAUUCCUGUGUAAGUCGAGCUAUGUCAUGUGUCUCUGUACCUGUCCUCUGCAGAGUGCUCUUCCCAUAGUCCAGAUACUUCUUCAGCCACUCAAUGCACUCCUGGGUGAGGUAGUGUUUCUGCUGCUCAUUGAAACCCAUGUUUCUGUCCCACUUGUGUUUGGUGAUGACUGCCUGUGGUGUUGGGGCGAUCCAUGUCUUUGUCUUCUGGUCAAAUGCUACGAAAUCCUCCCCAUCAUAUCCAAACUGCAUAAACCCCUCUGUGACUCCAGAUUCAUCAUCCCACUCACAGCCAUACAUCGUCUGAAAAACAUGCACACCUAAGAGGGAGGGAGAGACAGAGGGAGAGAGGAUAAUCAACACUGUGCAUCGCUCCUCCAGAUUCAGUCUGCCAAUGGGAUCUCUAUCAUCAUGUAUUAGUUGUUCAAUCAGACUGGAAUAAAACAGAGAGAUCCAGCUCAGACCUCUACAGUGUGGUGAUGAUGUCACACCUUCACCACAGAGACAGAGUUGAUGAGGAGCCUCAGAGAGUGUGGAUCUAUUCUACACCAGCUGAUGUUGGCUUGGUUCUAUCUACUGUGUUGAAGAUACACAUUGUGUUCAGUACAGUAGUGUUAUUCUAACAAUUGGAUGUUGUGUAAGACUGUAGUUUUCAGUGAGGUGUGUAAAUGAAUAAAACACUGUAGGGCUGUCCCCAACUAAAAAAAAUCUUGGUCGACCGAGAGUAGUCUGUUCCUUUGACCAAUUGAUUGGUCGAAAUUUCGAAACGAUAUAAAUUUAUAUAUUUGUGAAAUCGCUUUAUCCGACAUUUUGCCAUUGCGUGAGGCUUGGUGCUCACGGAAUCAGUAUGCUAUUAAACAAACACUCAAACAAGCAACACAAGCAGGAUCUGUCUUAUUUCUGUAGAUAUAUAUGGAUAAUUUAUAAAGCAACAUACAGGGAAAGGCACCAAUUCAACGGCGCACUGAAGAUUAUGUUUCAGAACCGCGGACAGCGACCGCUAUCCAACGCGGGAGAAAGCGCAUUUGUUAUAAAAUAAUUAUAUAUUUAUUAGUGUUGCACCAUUAUUCUUAGAUAAUAGAAACAUAUACAAUUUCAGUUGCACAUGUCUUUGAUGGACUGUGCCAUCCCCCAAUGGAUGAAUCUACUGAGACAGGAGCCUAUCAGACAGGUGGCUUGUGCACCAUGGGAAAAAUUAUCUCGGUCGACCAACAGCCUAUCAACCAAACAAUCGACCAGUCGACUAAAUGGGGUCAGCGCUAGAAGAGAGUUCCCCUGAGAUUCUGAUCAGCUCCAGCAGCAGAGCCUACAGGGAGUCACUGGGAGCUUUGGUCCAUUAGAGCAGAGAAGACCAAAGACACAUCUUCAUCAUCAUCACCACCACCAUCAUCAUCAUCAUCAUGUUCUGCUGCUCUACUUCUCAAAGUAUAUAAAUUAUAUACACUGAACAAAAAUAUAAAUGCAACAUGUAAAGUGUUGGCCCCAUGUUUCAUGCUCUGAAAAUUUUUUCUGUCAAAUGUCUGCACAAAUGUGUUUACAUCCCUGUUUGUGAGCAUUUCUGCUUUGCCAAGAUAAUCCACCCAACUGACAGGUGUGGCAUAUCAAGAAGCUGAUUAACCAGCAUGAUCAUUACAUACUUGUACCUUGCGCUGCGGAAAAUAAAAGACCACUCUACAAAUGCAGUUUUAUAACGCAACACAAUGCCAGUUUUAAGGGAGCGUGCAAAUGGCAUGCUGACUGCAGGAAUAUCCAACAGAGAUAUUUGCCAGAUAAUUUAAUGUUCAUUACUCUACCAUAAGCUGCCUCCAAGGUCAUUUUAGAGUAUUUGGCAGUAUGUCCAACUGGCCUCACAACCGCAGACCACGUGUAUGGUGUCGUGAGGGCGAGCGGUUUACUGAUGUCAACGUUUUGAACAGAGUGCCCCAUGGUGGCGGUGGGGUUAUGGCAUGGGCAGGCAUAAGCUAUGGACAAGGAACACAAUUGCAUUUUAUCGAUGGAAAUUUGAAUGCACAGAGAUACCGUGACGAGAUCCUGAGGCCCAUUGUCGUGCCAUUCAUCCGCCGCCAUCACCUCAUGUUUCAACAUGAUAAUGCACGGCCCCUGUCGCAAGGAUGCUCUGGAUUGACGUGUACGACAGCAUGUUCCAGUUCCCGCCAAUAUCUAGUAACUUCGCACAGCCAUUGAAGAGGAGUGGGACAACAUUCCACAGGCCAAACUCAACAACCUGAUCAAUUCUAUGGUGAUGUGUCGUGCUGCAUGAGGCAAAUGGUGGUCACAGCAGAUGCUGACUGGUUUUCUGAUCCACACCCCUACCUUUUUUUUAAAGGUAUCUGUGACCAACAGAUUCAAAUCUUUAUUCCCAGUCAUCUGAAAUCCAUAGAUUAAGGCCUAAUUAAUGUAUUUAAAUUGUGACUCAGUAAAAUCUUUGAAAUUGUUAAAAGUUGCGUUUAUAUUUUUGUUCAGUAUAUAAAGACGUUAUUACAGCAAAGGCUAAAAACAGUUGCAUGCAUUUGCGAAUUGCGGUUCAUUUAUUGUUUAGGCUAAUUAUUCAAAGCUCCCUUUGGCAUUUUGUUAAAAAACUAAAACACUUCAUUGCAUUUCAAUGCAUGAAUGACUCGUCUGUGUGAUGACAUGAACAAAUGAUUGAUUGAUACAGUAGCCUAUUUAUUGAAAUAUAAGCCUAAGUAAGUUGCGGUAUUAACACAGCUAAACAGGACGUGCCCUUAGCUCUACAGCUUGAUGGUGGUUAUACAAGGCUGCUAUACUAAGCCUACUAAUGAUAAUGACAUUACUUAAUAAUAAUGAUCAUAAUAAUAAUGGCUCAAACAAAUUGUCUGCAACAGUGAAAUGGGCUACUUCUAUGUGAAUUAAUGAGGAGGUGGAACACACUUCAAUUCAAACCAUUGUUAGAAAAUAAAACUAUAUAAAAGUUGAAACUACAGAUAAUUAGCAGGCAGCGUGCCUUGGUUCGAGGGAAACGCGGGUUAACGCCUUGAUCACACCAACAGCGUCAUUGCAUCAAUGCUGCAUAACAUUUUGCGCAGCUACGCAACUAUACUGAAUGCAGGUAUCUACACACGUGUUGCAGGCGGUCGCAUGAGGUUGUUAGACACAUGGAGGAGAGAAUAAUUUUCGCAGUAUCCUCAAAACCGUGUCUUUUUGACACAACUGCUGACAGCUACAUGGACAUAAACAUGACAGGAUUGCCAGGUCAGUUUAGUAGUGAGCUUGUUCUAGAUGUGGCUAGCUAGCUAGUGAAGUGUGUGUGUGUGUGUGUGUGAGAGAGAGAAAUAGUAAUAUAAAUGAUGCUAGUUACUACCCAUGAUAAUUUGGCCAAAUAACCAUUUGUGUGAGAGAGUGUGAGUGUGUAUGUGAGAGAGUGUGUGAGUGUGCAUGUGAGAGUGUGUGUGUGUGUGUGUGUGAGAUAAAUAGUAAUAGAAAUGAUGGUAGAUACUACCCCUGAUCAUUUGGUCAGAUAACCUUGUGUGUGUGUCUUUGUGUACAGUAGGUGACAUGUCCAUGAUAGCUAUCUAAUAAUUAUAGUUAUGCUAGGUGGUGCUUUGGCUUAUCAUGUUCAUGUCUAUGUAGAAGAAGACUGUAGGAGGAAGUGGAGAGGACUCAGGGACAGGUAUCAGAGAGAGAGAAGGGAAGAGAAAGAGAAGAAGAGGUCUGGGCCAGCAGCUUCAGGCCAGCAGCCUUGGUGCUUCGGCCACAUUCUUUCUUUUCUGGAUCCAUUUAUUGUGCCUAGGGCAUUGAGUGGCAAUUUUACAGCCAGACCCUCUACGUCAUCCACAAGUGCGACCACCGCCUCCACCGGUGCAUCAAGACCCUCUACGUCAUCUAUAAAUGCGACCACCGCCGCCACUGGUGCAUCAAGACCCUCUACGUCAUCUAUAAAUGCGACCACCGCCUCCACCAGUGCAGUGAGACGCUCUACGUCAUCUACAAGUGCGACCACCGCCACCACCGGUGCAACGAGACCCUCCACGACGUCUACGUCAUCCACAAGUAUGACCACCACCGGUGCGGCCAUGGAAGAUGCUGA